GCAAAUAGCGUCAUGCACACGCUCGAGGCGGUCGAUGCCGUUGCCAUCGAAGCACAGCCGUCGUCAUUCGUUGGCUGGCUCUUUGCUCUCGCCGACACGUACGCACUGCGCGACAAGUUGAACCAGUGUCUCGUGGUCGUCGCCCACGUCGUUGGACUGGUCGUGAUUCUCCUCGUGGCCAUCGACGCCAUCUCCAACAACUGGGCCGUCAUCGAUUAUGUCGGCAACGGCAACGAGUUCAUCGCGCCGGUCGCGAAUGUCGGUGACGCCCCCGACCUCGUAAAUGCCUACACGUUUUUACCUGGAAGGGACCUCCAAAGUCUCUCGAGCGUCGGCCUCUGGAUGGCCAAUUACACAGUAUCGAACCUCGGUCGUCUCGGCUCCAACAUCUACGUUCUCUCGGCCGAUACGUACGCGUUGGACCAUUCCAACGACCUCUGCAGCCGCUUCUCGGGCAUAUACCCUAUGGACCUCGGUCGCACCAACAAUGUUGUCAAGCUCGGCAUCACGUACGAUUUGAUUACAUAUCUGCGCGGCAAUGCAGUCACAAUAGCUUCAACGGACGAAGCAAGUGCGAAUCUCGGCAAUGCCUCCAUGGGCAGCGGCAUGCUGCACCACCUCGGGUACGCGGCCGCGCGCAUUGCAGCCGAUCUGCGGCUCACGCGCGCGAUUCGCCUGCAAAAUACCUCGUCAUUGCAAGUCCAAGCAGUGUCGUUUUGGCGACUCUACACGAAAGGCUACUGCACCGGCUGCAUUCCAAUAGCUGAGCUCGGGUACGGCAGCUGCAACUUUAGCAUGACGUACACCGAUGCCAACAAGACACUCCAUCACAAGACGGCGAUUCUUGUCUGCAAAGCCCGACGCCUGAGCACGCUCCAGUGGUUCUUCAUGACGCACAUGUUUACGUUUGGCUUGCCCGAGAAGGAACUGCGCGCCAAAGCCAAGUACCAACCGACGACCCAAGGCACGACGCCGGCGGGGGAGACAGGCCCCGGCCACGAGACGUGCAUGGUGGUGCAAGAUAGCAACUGCCACAUUCAUCUUCUCGACGACCAGCUCGCAGACGUCAAGAGCCUAGUCUACAACAUCAAGGUGCUCAAAGACACGACUGUCGUCAUCAACAUGCGCUACAGCCAUGGCAACAAGACGCUGCGGGUUCAGACGUCGCCGCUCGCCAACACGCAGUACCGCAUGGCACUCAUGAUCCAGCGCAAUGCGGUCAGGUAG